AUGCGAUGCGAUCCUGUCCGAGAAUAUAGUCGAGGGAUCCUGUUCCCACACGCUUAGUCUGUGUACAGCGAGGGACGACACAGAGCUGGCCAUGGUUGCGGCCUUAUUCCCAUCUCUCUCCCUGCUGGGUGGAGGGGGGGGGCCACCGCUGCGAGGGAGAGUGGCAGGGAAGCGAACGAAUUUCACUUAUUCACACGGGGAAAGUCGCGUUACCUGUUUAUACCGAGCCAGACAUAAUCACUCGCGCGGGGAGCCACCGGAGAUGGUUGGGGGCAUCACACAGAGAGCAAUACGGGCAAGAAGAAGGGAGAUUCAGCGAAGGCCAUGGUCGGGGGUGAGGCUCCAGAGCACACAAUGGCGGGGAAUGGAGAGGGAAGGGAAGGGAAGGGAAGAAAGAGGGUUGGUUAGUCUCCCAGCAAGCAAGCUGGUAAUAAGAACAAUAAUUGAUGAAUAAUAAAUAAUACCUCCGUCGAUUGUACCCUGACAGAGAGAUGUACCCAAAGUCGAGGUAUCCAGCGGAUGCAUCCAUGUACUGAAUGACUUGGUGUGUUUGCUUUUGCUGCCCUCCCUUUUCCCCUGUGCUCUCUCUCUCUCUGCUCUCCCCCUGUACUGCCACUCUCCCUCCCCAACAACCCCACGCCCGUAGCCCUCAACAUAUACUAGCACAACACUAACAGACACCCUCAAUCCUG